GGUUGCAGUAAACGUCAUUUCCGGGAUGCAGUGGGGGCGGAAGUUACUGGGAACCUGCGGAAGGAACUUUCAGCAGCGUUCAAGCUUUUUUAAUGUUUACAACGCAAAUAAAAGCCUCGACGCUUUGAUUAAAACUGUAUCAGCUCUGUGCUAUGGCGAUCCUUUUCGCUGUGGUAGCCCGCGGAACCACCAUACUCGCCAAACAUGCCUGGUGCGGAGGAAACUUCCUGGAGGUGACGGAGCAAAUUCUGGCGAGGAUUCCAUCCGAAAACAACAAAUUAACCUACUCGCAUGGCAGCUAUCUCUUCCACUACAUCUGUCAUGACAGAAUUAUCUAUUUAUGCAUCACAGAUGACGACUUUGAGAGGUCGCGCGCAUUCAGUUUCCUCAACGAAGUCAAGAAACGUUUCCAGACCACCUAUGGCUCUCGGGCUCAGACGGCUUUACCCUACGCCAUGAACAGCGAGUUCUCCAGCACUCUUGCCGCACAAAUGAAACACCACUCAGAUCCAAGAGGCUCGGAUCGGUUGACAGAGACGCAAAUGCAGGUUGAUGACUUGAAGGGCAUUAUGGUCCGGAACAUUGAUCUGGUGGCACAGAGAGGAGAGAAACUGGAACUUCUCAUUGACAAGACUGAGAACUUGGUGGACUCGUCCGUCACCUUCAAGACGACGAGUCGCAACCUAGCCCGCGCCAUGUGUAUGAAGAACCUGAAAUUGACGAUCAUCGUCAUAAUUGCAGCGCUCGUGGUCCUGUUCAUCAUAGUAACAGCUGCAUGCGGAGGUGUGACUUGGCCCAACUGCCGGAGCAAGUAGGAAGCAAAGCUGGAGCUUCUUCCUUCACUCUCUCUGAUCUUGAAGGGAAAUAAACCACUCGCUCAAGACCAUUACGCCAUCUGUACAUUUAAUCCGGUGUUUCCUGAGCUGUCUUCUGUUUAGCCUGGCUCUCUCAGGUGCAGGCUUCUUAACAAUGACUGCGUAGCUUUAAACACACACACACACACACACACACACACACACACACACACACAGGACUCAGGAGAGCCUGGAAAUUAAACACCCUCUUUCCAAAAACAACCCCCCCCCCAAGCAUUCCUUGAGCGUUCAAAUCAGCGAAUGUUUUGUGAACGAAUGCGAUUCCUUUCUAGAACAUUUUCUUUUAUCCCAUGUUGUGAAGCAGUUAUGUUGGUGAUGAACAUAUACGUCAAGUUCUAACAUGAAAUCUUUGUUAGCAAGGCACACGUUUAUGCACACGGAAUCUGUGCAAAAUCAACACACAGACUCACUAAUCAUCACUACUCGGAAGCCUACUGCAUACGGCGUAAUUGUAUAAUAAAAACAAACGACGUUUGGUAUAUUAUGUACGCGUAGAAGAGAAUUAAUACACGUUAUUUAUGAUCACUAUGAUAUAUGAAGUGGUUGGAAAUCCCAAUAUCGUCGUAUCCAUGGUAUUAGUGUUAAUAUUUGAAGGAAGAAAAAAAAAAUGUGAGAAAACCAAACAGUAAUCAGUAUCGGUGUGUAUCGAGGAGUGUGUGAAGCUCACGGAUACAGGUUUAUGGUUCUUCCUUUUUAGGAGAAAAAUAACCCAUGCACGGUUCUAACAUGGUGGGAUGGUAUAAGUCCCGUUUGUUCGUCUUGUUAAUCCAUUCGCGUGUACAGUUGGUGUGUGCGGGUCCCGUCACAAAUACUGUCACAGUUUAAAGUUGUACUAUAUGCUUAAACGUUACGUACAUUAUACCACGGGAACGGGGCAGUGCUAGCUCAGCAGUUAAGACGACGGAUUACCGAACUCACGGAAGGUCGUGAGGUCGUUCAAAUCCCAGCACUGCCAUUGUUGGGCCCUUGAGCAAGGUCCUUAACCCUCAACUGAGAUCAAUUUCAUUAACUCCGCAUAAGGGUGUCUGCCAGACGCCGUAAACGUAGAUGUAAUUACAGUGUUUCCCACAGUUCUAUUAUGCACAUGCCUCGACUCAUAUUGAGCCCAGCUGCAGAUGUACAGUUAGUGUACGAGGACUAGUAUGCACUGGUGAGUGGGAGGAGAUUUUCAGUCUCCCUAAUUGAUUGAUUGUUACAUAUGUGUCGGUUGAAAAAAAAAAUUUUUUCCCCCAAUUCAUCCCACAGUGCACUUUUUUUGUUUGCUUUUUGUCAUAAUAAUGUAAUUAUUAAUAUGCCAUGAAUCAUGUAAUUAUUUAAUUAUUCAUCAGAUUAAAGAGAAUAAAGUUCUAUCUCAAGUG